AUGUUCAUCGAAUAUAUCCCCGGUUUGGAAAGAUUUCAUCUCGGCAAUUACACGGAAGAGCGCCUUAACAGGCUUGCGGACAUGCUGGCCGAGAUUCACGCUGUGCGAGUGCUUUGGGUAGACUUUGAUGGAGCGCGCACUGUGCCCCUCAACCAACCUCUGACGGGACGAGAAGCGAAAGCGUUCUGGCACGAACUGGGUUUGCUGAAAGACAUAUAUGUCCGACUUUUGUCGGAUGAAGACGUGCAAUUACUGGUGUGGAUGAGCAUGAUGCCGAAGGAUGAUGACCAGCUCCACGACAAUUGGGUAAAGAAGAAAUAA